AUGGAGAUAACUAGCAGCAAAAGUGAGGAUCUAUUUCUUCGUUUGCCAGAUGAUAUUAUAGAGUCCAUCGUGUUCAUUUUACCGAUCAAAGAUGCAACUGUUGAUGAAGAUCCACUUCAACAAAAAAGGCUUUUAUUUGUGAUAAGAGUUAACAACUUGAUGAGUCUUUGGCAUGGCUCAAAGGUCAAUGUAUUCAGGGUCCAUUUUUCACUUGGGAGAGAGUUUACUCCUCAGUUGGAUCAGUGGAUCACUGAUGCAGUCAAUAUGGGAGCCCUUCAUACACUUGAUAUCAACUUGUCAUUUGGGUUGCACCCUUAUUGUGAAGCUUAUUAUGGAAACCAUGAAAAAUUUUAUGACUUCCCUUCUAGGCUUCUUACUAAAGAGAAAUUUUCUACCAUAAGGCAUUUGACUUUGAAGUGUUGCAAUUUGACACCAUCUUGUAGCUUUGAUGGGUUGGUUUCCCUAAAAUCUCUUGCACUAGACAUUGUAACACUGACAGGAAGUUUUUUAAAAGAUAUGCUGAGUCAUGGUUUAGAACUUGAACAAUUAAGCCUCAAAAGAUUGAGAAUGGACCGUGAUUGUAAAUUAAAUAUUGACCUCUCUAAACUCAAGUAUCUGGCUAUAGUUGACUGCGAGAGGUUGAGGGGAAUUAAUAUUAAUGGUGCUGUGGAGCUGAAUGAGUUUUUCUUUGCCGGCAAACAUGAAUAUUGCUCUUUCAAGAAUGUUCCAAAACUGGUGAACGUGAGCUUCAAUUGCAAUACUGACGAUGAUUAUGGUGGUGUUUUAAAUGUCCUCACAAAAUUUGGACAUCGUCUUCCUCAGUUGGAAAUUCUAAACUUGCAUGGGAGGACACCUUAUAUUGUCCGCUCUGAUGUCAUACCACAAGCGUUCAAAGUAUUUCCUAAUCUGAAGUAUUUAGAGUUGGCAGCUAACUCCUUUGAUAAUGAUAUUCUUUGGAUAGCAUAUCUGUUGAAAUUCCUGCCCUUGCUGGAAGAACUGCAUCUGGUGGCUGAUGUAGUUAGACAAAUUAGGAAGCCUACCAAGUCUAACCAUAAAAAUUUGAGGAUCUUACACCUUGAAGGUUUUUGUGGUAACAUUAUUGAGUUGGAGCUCACAUUGCAUGUGCUUAAGCGUUGUAAAGCACUAGAAAAGAUUGUAAUAGACCCAUCAUCCAAGUUUUUGUUCGGUGGUGACACUUGGGGGCAGAGGGAAGAUAGAAAGCCAUGGGAAAUCUGGAAGCCUAUGGAGAUUCAACGUUGGUUAUCUAGAGAAAUUCCUAAAGGUGUUCAGUUGUGUCACCAAAUGGGCAUUUGGUCUAGUGGUAUGAUUCUCGCUUUGGGUGCGAGAGGUCCCGAGUUCGAUUCUCGGAAUGCCCCAUUCAUUUAA